GAAAGUUUCCCAAUGUUGAUGAAGAUUUCCUCUGAUGGUUUGAUACUCCCAAUAAUCAAAAACUUGUCAUUCAAAAUUGCUCCAAGAUUGGGGUAUUGAUUAUGAAUAUUGAGGGGUUUUGAUCAAUGCAAAAUUUAGAGAUUUUGGAACUUUUGGAUAUGGCACAAUUAAGAACCAUAAGUGAAGCCACAUCAUUGGCGUGGUCCCAGUUAAAGGAGCUUCACAUAUACAAGUGUCCUGAGCUGAAAAGGCUUCCUUUUAAGAAAGUAAAUGCUAAAGAGUUAAAGUUGAUUAAAGGGGAACAAGCUUGGAAGGAUGCCUUAGAAUGGGAAAAUAAUGAGAUCAAAGAAAACUUCUGAUCAAUUUACUUUCCUAGGGUGAGUGUUUUUCUUUAAAGCCCUGCUUAGGAGAAAAGGUGGAAAAGGAAAAGAAGAGAAAGCUAUGCUAAUAUUCAUAAGCCUUUUUGAAGGCCAAUAUUCCUUAGUUCCACCUUUCUGUCAUAUUGCCAAGCAUAACUAUUGCUUUUUUUGGGCUCACUUCCAUGUCUUGAUUUGAUAAUGUUUGCCAUAUUAUGUAUCUUGGUCUUUAGGGUCUUGUUCAGACUAGUCAUAUUAUGAUGUUUUCGUUUAUUUGAGAUGGGUUAUUUGGACUACUUGGGAGAUUUAUGCUUCUUGUAUAGGUGUAAUUUAAAUUCUAAUUAGGCUAUCAUCCAUUUUUCAUACUUCAUAAUUGAUACAGAGAAAAUCAACUUAUUAAAUUGUG